AUACCUUCAUAUUAGAGAAGUCAGGAGACUCCUCUUCCUUCCAUGCUCAUCAGCAACCUCCCUCUGUAAAAUUUUAUCGGGACGUCAUAUAUUGGACUCAAACAUACACGUGGAGUAUUCUCGAGUCUCGACCGUCAGAUCAAAAGUUACCAAAGGAUUCUGACCCGGCUCGGUUUAGUGCUUAAACCCUUGUUUAGCGAUACCUUUCCUUUGUCUCUAAAGUAAACAAGGCGGAGGCUUUCAACCGAGAAACGACUGGUUUUCUUCUGUAACUUGUAAUCGCUGGAACUAAGAUGUUCCCUCUUCUCUCUUUUUUCACGGGGUUUGCGACUUUGAUCCAAGGCUUUUUGCUACUUGCAAAUGCAUUUGCAGUACUGAAUGAGGAUCGCUUUCUUGAUCCGAGGGGGUGGACCUUGCUACAAAUUCAAGGAGGGAGAACCGCGCUUAAGGGAAAGAUCAUAAGGCUUAUACAUUUAUGCCAAUUCUUGAGAUUACCUCUCAUAAUUUUAAACAUCAUAGUUAUUGUAUUUAAGCUAAUCUUUGGGUGAAGCUCUGUGUGAAUUAUGCCUCUUUGUAAUUUAUAUUUGUUAUGAAUUUUGGGCAAGUUAACAUA